AUGGUCGAGAUAAAGCAACAAAAGCUUGAGGGUUCGGCCAGGAUCUGCUUCAGGGGACCUAGUAAGGAGGAGCUGGCGCACGUCCCCGCCUGCUGGGUCGCCGACUGCCACGGCGCCGAGACGGCCCCGCUGGUCGUGAAAGGCGGCAUGGCCAGCAGCGCCAUCUUCCUGGCCAUUCCGCACGCGUGCGACGGGCUCGUCUUCGGGAAGUUCAUCCACGCAAGUGUGCACGACGGUAUGAAGCACAACCUGGUCUCAUGCCAGAAGUCGUUCCGCUACAAUAAUAUCGGAUUAACCCGGAAGCCGUUAGAAGGGACUCGGAACUCUCAGCAGCUCCUCAGUGAGUCCCCAAUGGUCUAG